CCUCUCACUCAAUUUCUCCAUCAAAAAAUCUUUCUAAUUUUCCCACUAUGAAAUUCGCCAAACUCAACCCGAAACGUUUAUUCGGAUCCAAGGAUCGAUCCACAGUUUCUAAACCCGGUUCUUCUUUCGGAUCCGCUUCUUCUUCGUCUUCCGGUGCCCCCGACUGUAAAAACUCCUCCGUCGUCGUCACCGGCGGCUCCGUCACGCCGACCAGCAUUCUCCCGGAGGUCUCCGGCGAUCCUUCUCCGUAUUCGUACGUCGAGAUCCUCCACGCUUUUCAGCUAAUCGACAGAGACAACGACGGAGCCGUCACGAGACGCGAUCUGUCGUCACUGCUCAGCCGGCUCGGUCCUGAUCCACCGUCGGAGGAGGAGAUCGACGUCAUGCUCCGUGAGGUGGAUUGCGACGGCGAAGGUACGAUCCGAAUUGAAGAGCUCGCCAGUCGCGUCGUCUCCUCGGAUCAGUCUCGCGAUUCGACCGAGCUCAAGGAGACGUUCGAGUUCUUCGACGCGGAUCGUGACGGUUUUAUCUCGGCCGAGGAGCUUCUCCGAGUUUUUUCGGCCAUUGGAGACGAGCGGUGCACGUUAGAGGAUUGCAAGCGCAUGAUAGCAGCUGUUGACGAUGACGGUAACGGGUUCGUUUGCUUUUCCGAGUUCUCCCGGAUGAUGGAUCUCGAGCGAUGAUCUCCUUCUUCCUUCGUUUGUUUCGACUCUUUUCAUGUUUUUGUUUAUGAGGCUCUUUUUGCUCUGUUUUUUCAGGGUUAUGAGUAUCGUUUGUUUCUUGAGAGUUAAUUAAUGUUCUUAUUAAGAGUUGAUGUCUAUAAUCUGGGAUUUGAACGCAGAAAUGGUGAAACACGAUACCGAUCUUUUUGUU